CAUUCGUAUCAGUGUACAGGCAAACUUCAAAUCGACGUAUAUUCUUUUUAAUUUCUUUAAGUGUUUUUUUAAUAAAAGAAUAUUAAUUACUUUACGCAGGAGAUUUACAAAAAUUCAGUGUGUUUAAUAACGACUGGAGUGGACAAUUCUAAAAAUAUAUUUGCACUUUGGCACUUUUGAAGAGUAUAAACAAAUUGAAAAUUUAACCUCAAAAAUUGACAGUUCAACUCUCAUUCUUGAUUUUUUGUUGUCUUGAUUGUCUUAUACACAAAGAAGAUAUAACAAUUAUUUUUCGGGGAAUAAACUAAGAUUUCUCGGUUAAAAAAAAAACAAUUCGAAACGUAGAAAUUCGAGAUAUAAGAGAGAGUGGGUAUCGUGCGAAAUAGGUUUUUUUCAUUCUCGCAGGUGGCGUUGUAAAAGUCAUGUCCAGGUCCAGUGCUCCAGUUGUUAACGAAUGUUAAAUGAAUUUCUACCGCGAUGGGAGCCGCCACGUCGUUGCUAUCGCCGCGGCUUGCGCAAGUGUAUAUUCCAAAUGUUCUCUAGCGCAGAAGUAUACGAAUCCCUGCUGAUUUGAAGGAAGUGCGGACUCGCGUGCCUUGUUUAAAGGCAAAAGGGGCGGCGGGGUGCCCUCGUGUAAAAAAGCUUUGACGUUAUCCCGGCCCUCGUUUUAAACACACAGAGAGAAAGAGAGAGAGGCGUCCGUGUUUUCAUUUUCGUUUAUCGGCGGAUUUAAGUGUGGCGUGUGUGGUGCGUGAGCGUGCGUUCAAUGACAGCAAGGUGAGAGAGAGAUCAAUGUGUGAUUGAAAACAUGGCUGAGGAGCUGCUGGUUACUUUAACAAGACACGAUACAACUGGAUUUGGAUUCUUAUUGGGAACUGCCGGGCUACCUCAUGUCAUCUACAAUAUAGUUGAGAAUUCGCCUGCAGCAGACAGCGGGAAGGUCGAGGCUGGUGAUGUUAUUCUCAGGGUGAAUGAAGUUGAUGUCAACCGAUUUAGCACCAAGGAAGUUCUAAAAUGUCUCCGACUCUCGUCAGACCCUGUCACGCUGAAGCUACGAAGGGAUCCAGCCAUCAAGGCGCACAUACGACGUUUAUUGUGCUCGGGUCAGGCGGUGUGCGAGGAUACUGAAAGUUUAAAAGCCUUUCGAGCAGGAAUUGAAAACAACUCGAGGAACCGAUCCACGAAUUGUGACGAGAGAAGUGCUAAAAAUUCGGAAUUAACUGAAUUGUCGAUAAGUCUUCCCCAGAAUCCCACUGGAGUUCAACAACAACAAAAUGCUGUUAGAAGUAAUGGAUCAUGCAGUGACGCUUCUGGAUCAUCGGAAAUGGAUGUUGUUAUUCCUCAAUUUGACAAUUUUAAGGAAGAGGAACGUGCUCAAUGGGAACCAUUGUCCGGCGACAAGUUUGGUCGACAGAAAAAUACACCCAGGUUCGAGGCCUACAUGAUGACCGGGGAUUUGAUGUUGAACCUAUCGAGAACGCAGCAAAGCAGUUGCCUUUUGCCAAAGUAUCAGAAAAAAGUGGAUUCAUUGAGAUACAAUAAUCAUCACAUACAUCACCGACACAAUCAUCACAAUCACCAUCAUCAUCAUCAUCAUCAUCACAAUUCCGUGCCGACGAGUCCAAACGAAAUACUCGGGCAUCAUCGAGCCUACAAGGUGACUGGCUCGAAUUCCGCAACUACCUCACCAGUGGGUACUGCAAGACGCGAGGGCACACAAUGCUCUCCAGCCUGUGAAAAUAAAGCCAAUGCAAAUUUUGGUUAUUCAAGUGGAUUCGUGAGAACUUCGAGAUCCGAGGAUCAUUUGCAAUUUCAAAAGGAUCCAUCCAUGAGCGCAGUGGAUAUCGAUAUUGACGACGACGUCACCUCCAGCCUAAAUACUCUUCUCGACACACGACCAGAAAGUGGUCAAGCACUCUCAAGCGAGAGAAUUGUUUGGACCUACAAUGCACCAGUCAGCUCGCCCUCCGUCUCGGAGAGAACGUCCUGCUGUCGAAAUGGCAAUUCACCUCCACAGUCCUCCAGUAGUAGUUCCUCGACCGAGGGCACGAGUCCUCAACGCUCACUAUCGCCGGCAUCGCCGACCUCCGUCUCCUCAUCAGUCAUGUCCUCCAAUUCUGGCUCGCGCAGAUUCCCCCUGCCAAUAAUGCCGGGCGCUCAACUUGGACCCUCGGGCGAGGGCACAUCGCCGGGAGGCCUACAUCCCACCAAUGGCGAUCUCAGCCAAUCGGAGGCCAUUAGCAAUAUGUCCAGUCCCGAUUACAAUGACGAGGAGACAAUGGACAUUCUUAGUUCACGUGAUAUUAUGAUGGUUAGUGAUCCUAGUGAUAGUGACUCGACAAUCCUUGCCAGUGAACCACCGCAGAGGAGGCGUAAGAGCGGAAGUUACAGCGCCAGUCAGGAUUCGAGUGAGCAUCGAAUAGUCAUUCAAGUCAAGGGUCCCGACAAGGACAAUGCGAGGAACUCAAGUCCAAGACAGAAUAAACGUAAUACUCAGAAUUCGGAUAAUCCACAUGUUUAUCAACAGAAUCAACGCUUGCCUACUGCAAUUGAUAAUUGCAAUGCCUCAACUGGUUCCACUGGAUACCAGGAAUUGCGAGAUUUUGAAGAGGAGAAAGAAUUGAUGACCGCUUCAACCAGCGAGGAACAGAAGCAAAGUGGCCAGUCGCCUCCCUUAUCAGCCGACGAGGAAAGUGAUAUUGAAAGUCUGCACAGUUUUCAUUACAGUCCAAAAGCCGUGGACUUGCCUUCUGCAAUCAGAUUAGCAAAAAGGCUUUAUUCUCUGGACGGUUUUAAGAAAUCCGACGUCUCUCGACAUCUUAGCAAAAACAACGACUUCAGCAGAGCUGUGGCUGAAGAAUAUUUAAGGUACUUUAACUUCGAAGGGGACACGCUGGACGUGGCUCUAAGAAAAUUUCUUGCUCAGUUUUCAUUGACCGGUGAAACCCAGGAAAGAGAACGAGUUCUUGUUCACUUUUCCAAAAGAUAUCUCGACUGUAAUCCUGGCAGCUUUAACUCACAAGAUGCUGUUCAUACACUGACGUGUGCUAUAAUGUUACUUAACACGGAUCUUCAUGGCCAAAAUAUUGGCAGAAAAAUGUCAUGUUCGGAAUUUAUUGAAAAUUUGUGGGAACUCAAUGACGGAGACAAUUUCCCAAGAGAAGUGCUCAAACAACUUUACAAUGCCAUUAAAUCGUUUCCUCUAGAAUGGGCAUUAGACGACGAAGGAGACGAGGCAGCGUCUCACGCUGUUCAGCAGGGCGAUGGUCCAGCUUUAUCUACCUCCGGAAAUCCAUUUCUUGACGUUCCAAAUAUCACUGGUGCCACUGAAUAUAAGAAAGGAUACGUUAUGCGCAAAAGUUGUUAUGACGCGAAUGGAAAGAAAACGCCUUUUGGAAAGAGAGGGUGGAAAAUGUAUUAUUGUACAUUAAGAGAGCUUGUAUUAUAUUUGCACAAAGAUGAACAUGGUUUUCGAAAUGACAGUUUGCAUAAUGCCAUACGUAUUCACCAUGCACUUGCUACAAAAGCAUCUGAUUACACGAAAAAACAAUAUGUCUUCAGGUUACAAACAGCUGAUCAAGCGGAAUAUCUGUUUCAAACUAGUGACUCCAAAGAAUUGCAGUCGUGGAUCGACACGAUCAAUUUCGUCUGCGCAAGUUUUUCCUGCCAACCUCUCGCUGGUGCGGUAGGUUCCCAACGAAAGUUUCAGCGGCCUUUACUUCCCUGUAGUCAUACGAAGUUAAGUCCCAGAGAGCAAUUGCGGGAUCAUGAAGAAAGAGUAAACAAAUUGGAGACUGAUUUAGACGAGCACAGGCGACAUCCGCCCGAAAAAGGCUCUAAAGCAUUAACUAUUCAAAAUUAUAAAGAGAAAGACGCUUAUUUACAGCACGAGUUGAAGAGGUACAAAACUUAUGCCUAUCUUCUGCGAUCACGAUUGGUUUUUGCUGAAGUGGAACCACCAUUGGUUGAAAGCAGUAUCGGCGAGGUUGAUGAAGUCUCGGGAGCUCCAUUAAAUUCAGACGUUGCAUUGGUGCCACCUCCGGUUCCUGAUCGUCCAGCCACAAAUAGGUACAGUUACAGGGCAGCAAUUUACAACAAAAAUCUUCUGAAUGGUCAAGACUUUGGUUAGGUCUUUUUGGUUUGACAUACUAUGUUGGGUGUAUUUUCAGCACUUGUGGUCUAGUCUGACUUGCGUACAUAGGCCGAGGACAGCAGUCAUAAUUUGGAAGAAAAAAUAGCAAAAACGAAGGAUACGCGACGCUCUUUUCUUAAUCUGCUUUGUCUUCGAUCUCUAACGUAAAUCAUCCCGGAAAAAAAAUCUUUCUUUUAAAUAUUUGUAUAUAUAUAUAAAAAAAAAUGAAAAAAAAAAAAAAACCGACUGAUAGUUGCUGACAAUUUUUGAUCUCAGAAUUCGUAGAAUUUCACUUGAUCGUUUCUUUUAUAUUUUUCAAAGAGAGAAAAGGAAACGUUAAAAAAAAAGAAAAUUAUCGUGAAAGAGACAAACUGCUGUCACUUCUGCCUGCAUAUUCAGAUUAAUGAUCCAGCUUUAAUUUCGGUGGUUGGAUCCUCUGGGCUUAAAUAUGAAAGAAUUUAAUACUAGAGAGUACUGUACAUUGACUAGUGAUUACUAAUAAAUCAAUUAACAGACUAUCGCAUAUUGGCGAAGAGAAAUUAAAAAAAAAAAUUAUCAAGUGUUUAAAUCUUGAGGAAAUACAAGAGCGGCUGAUUGUCUUUUUUGAAGAAUUCAUACUUUGUCCUCACAGCAUUAAAUUUGAAAUGAAUUCUAUAUAUCUAAGAAAUCUCUAUUUUUCUGGUUUUCAUAAUGAGAGAGAAGAAAAAAAAAUUGUUGAAAGUACUUAAUUUCUUACAAUUAGUAAACUUGUUAAUCCUGUUGUUAUAUUAAAUACCAGAAAAAAUUAUUGUCUGUUGAUAAUUCUUACUUUUUGGAGUCAUGACGAUGUAUUGUGUGUGAUAGAUAGAAUUGUGAUUGAAAUCUUUUCUGGGCGGGAGGGGACUUUUAGCUUUAACGAUUUCAGAAACGAGGACAAAGUAUGCCGUUGUAUUUUCUGUCGUUAAAAACAAAUAAAAAUUUGUAACAGUGGUUCACUAUUAAACAUUUCUUUUGUUUUCAUUUUUCUAUUUUGCAAGAAAAAAAAUGUAUUUUUCUAAACUGACCGAAAAAUAAUUUCUUGAAUUUUUCACAAAAAAAAAGAGUAAUUAAUGUCGCGUGAGAGAAGCGUUGGGAAUUUUUUGCAUUUGCAUUUUCUUAAAUGCUUCUUAACGACUGUGAUAUUAUUUUCAAGAAUUUGCAUUCCUCUUUACGUUCUCUAACGCUGAUUGUAAUAGUUUGGAGAAAAAAAAGAAAACGAACCACUGUUACUGUAAUUGGAGUUUAAACAUUCCAGAAAAAGAAAAAAACAGACUUUUCUGUAAAAAGAAAAAAAAAAUGUCGAAACGUAAAUUUUCUUGUAUAUUCUCUGCAGAGCUAAGACUUUAAAUUCUAUGUUAAUCAGUAACCUUUCAUCAUAACAUUAAAAACACUUUCUAUCCUGUUUUUUCUGAAUAUUUUUACGAGUAUAUGGGAUUUUUUAUUAAAAUUUCAAUUGUUAAAAAAACUCUAUACUCGACUUCUGCUUCUCAUUGCUUUUCUUCAACACAAAUGUUUAAAAAUCAGGAUAAUUUUUUUGGAAAUAUUGUUAUUCAUAGGAUUUGAAAGAGUCGAAGUUUAUUUUUAAAAUAAACUCAAAAUUAAUUUACAAAAUUAAUUUAUGAAAUUAAUUUAUGAAAUUAAUUUACGAAAUUAAUUUACGAAAUUAAUUUACAAAAUUAAAAAUUUCUUUUGGAAUUAAGUGAACUUUGAGUUUUGCUCUUGGAAUAUAAAAUUAUAAAUAUUUUUUUAGGGCUUAAAAUCAAAAUAAUGAAAAUAAUUUUGCAGCAUUCUUCUUUUUUAUGAUGCAAUUCAAAAAGGUUUGAUUAAUGUAAAAUAAUUGUUUUUUUAUUAUUAUUGUGCAAAGUAGACUGGUAGCAGUGCAGACUGCUUAUACAAAAUGCUUUAAACACUGUUUGUUAUUAUCAUUAUCAAAAGCUUCGUUAUUUUUUGAAAUCACAUUUUCGAGAGAGAGAAAACGAAAAAAUCAUACGCAUUGCAGAUUUUUUUCGUAACAUUUAAAAAAAAAUUGUAUAGUUUUCUUUAGUUACGUACCUUGAGAAAAAAAUAUCACUGUUAAGUUUUUUGCAGUAUUAAGUAAAAUUAGUUAUUUAUUUAAAUCAUUUCUUUACAUCGUAGUAGCACUGAGUAGGGUGUCUAAAAAAAAUGUAAUUAUGACAUUUUUUUUUGCCUACAAAUUGCUCAAUAAUAAUUUUUCGUAGUUUCGUAUAUGAAAAAUUCAUUUUAGAAAAGAGUUUAACCUUUUCUUUAAGACUUUUCUUUAAAGAAAAGAAAAAAAAAUUUUAUAGAAAAGUCAUUUCUUUAGUAAAGAAGAAACAAAAUUGUUAUUAGUAUUUAAAAAAAGUUUGUGUUGAAAUUGUUUUAUUUAAAAAAAGAAGUACCUAAAUAAUUUAUUUUUUGAAUUGAAAAUUCAAUAUUUUUAUAUCUUUAUUGAAUAAGAGUUAUCUAGUUUAUCACUUCCUUAGAUUAAAUUUAAAAAAAGGGGAUUUUUUACAAAUUACUGAGCAGUUUGUAAAUUGGAAAAAAGUGCUUUCCGUCGAAAGCUUUUUAGAAUUAAAAAAAUACAAUCUAUCUAAAAUAAAAAGAAGUAAAGUUAGGACAAUAUUUGAAAAUAUUAAAUAGGACACCCUGCUAUACUUCUUGCCAAUAAAAUGAACCACAUCAGAUUUCGAUCACGAAAAGGAAUUUAUAAAUACAAUUUAGUAAAAAUUUAGUCAUCAUUUUAUUAACUUUCAUAAUUAAAAUGAAAAGAAAAAAAAUUGUACAAGAGAAUAAUUUAUUCACACAAAAAAAACUGUCGAUUAUUAUCUAGAGUUAGAACAUAAUCUAGUAAUGAAAUUUUUAAUCCAAAGCAAUAAUCUAUUUAUACCUGGGGUCAUAUUUAUACCACAAAAUGUUAAACUCAUACUUAAUCUAUCCUUAUAGAUAAAAAGUUGACUGAUUAAUUUUUCGUUUAUAUACCUUGAGAAGAAAAAAAAACCAAACUGCCAUUCGAUAAAAGUAGAAUUUUGAUUAUUAAAAAAAUCAUUUCACUAGGGGAAAAAAUGUUAAUUUAUAUUUCAUUACAAGUAGUUUGUUUCUAUAGAGAAAAUGCAUCAAAGAAAAUGCAAAAUUCGUAAAAAAAAGAUCAUUUUUCUGAAAAACGAAGAGAAUAAUUAAAAUAAAAUUAGAAAACUUUUAACAGCGAAACAGAAAGAAGAUCUUUAUUUAAUUUAUUAUAAAAACAAAUUUUUGUGGUUGCGCUUUUUCAUUAUACACGCUUAUAUACCAGUCAAUUUAUACCCUCGAGAUUAUUGAAUAAAGUAGGAUGUAAAAUCUAGUUUGUAGAAUAAAAAAAAAAAAAAAAAAAAAAAUCCUUGUAUAUACGAAUGUAAUAUAUGUGGAUAAUCUAACGAUUAUAAUAAUAUAAUUCGUUUGAGCGCUGAUGGCAAUAAAAACGACUCUCCAAGUUAUAUAAAUAGAUAUCGAACAUUUUCGUAAUAAUAACCCGAAAUAACGUACGUAUUAUGCAAAUAGGUACUGUAAAUUCAUAUUUCUGGAAUAAAAUUAGGCUAUAAUGGCAUACAA